AUGGCUCCUCAUGUAAUUACUCCUCAAAGGGACGCCCACACCCAUACAAUCAUACUCCUUCACGGCCGCGAUAGUAUCGCCUCAGAGUUUGCAUCAGAGUUCUUCGAGAGCCAGGCAUCAGACGAUCGCACGUUACUCGAAAUAUUUCCGACUACAAGAUGGGUUUUCCCGGUUGCGAACAUGAUCAAUUCGGCGCGCUUUGAAACGCCAAUGUCGCAGUGGUUUGAUCUGUGGUCGGUGGAAAAUCCUCAAGAAAAGAAUGAGAUUCAAAUUGACGGGUUAAGAGAAAGCGCUAGGGAGAUCUUGGAGGUUAUUCAGACUGAGAGUGCAUUGGUCUCACCUGAUCGCAUUAUACUUGGUGGGAUCAGUCAGGGAUGCGCUACUGCAAUACAUGCUUUACUUCACGGGGGAAUACGUCUUGGUGGAUUUAUCGGACUCAACAGUUGGCUUCCAUUCGAGCCAGAUACGACAACAACUUCAGGGGAUACCAAGGCGUGGACUAUGGUUGGGGACAAACUACAGUACAGCCAAAAGUUACUCGACAUACCACUUGGUUCACACCAACAUUCAUCAGCUGCACUCGAAACUCCGGUCUUUUUGUCACACUCCCAGGAUGACGAAGUUGUUCCCAUCGCGAAUGGGAUGAGAUUAUCAAACACCUUGGAAAGCAUAGGGAUGAAAGUUGAGUGGAGAGAGUAUGUUGAUGGAGGGCACUGGGUUAAUGAACCUCAAGGUGUGGACGAUAUUGUAGCAUUCAUCAAUUCAACACGUUGA